UCAUUUCUGCGGAAUCGUUUUUGGGGUCCUUCGUUUUUUAACAAUCUAUCAUGGGUCGGACCUCUUUUUAGUUGACGUGCAGUUGUUGCGAAGCAAUUCGAGGGAUGCUGGGAGCCAGAGUACGUCGGAACGGCAGUGAGUGUGUCGAGUAAUUGGAUCUAUGGUGGUGGAAGGAGAAUCGAGGCAAGAGAGAGGGAGAGAGAGGGAGGCAGUGCGGCGCCAUGAGUAAUCUGCAGGCGAGUGAUCGCCGGGUUCUUUCUCUCGCAUUCAAUCAAGACAACAGUUGUCUGGCGAUUGGUACCCAAGAUGGCUUCAAGAUUUUUAAUUGCGACACUUGUCAAUGCUGCUAUAAGCGAUCUGAAGGAGCAAUCAAUGUGGUGGAGAUGCUGUUUAGCACCAGCUUGGUGGCGGUUGUUGGUGCUGGGGAACAGCCGGCGCUUUCUCCUCGGCGACUGAGCGUCUUCAACACCAUCACUGACGUACUUUCUGCGGAGCUCAACUUUGUGUCGUCCAUUCUAUGUGUACGUAUGAAUCGUAAAAGAUUGGUGGUAGUACUGGAGCGUAAAACGUAUAUUCACGACCUUGGUCAGUUGACAAUCUUGCACACCAUUGACACAGUUUCGAAUUCCCGAGCCUUGUGUGCAUUGUCUCCUAAUCAUGAAAACUGCUACUUGGCUUUACCGGCAAGCACAUCCAAUGGGACUGUAUUGGUAUUUGACGCGUUGGAUCUCCAUGCCGUCUGUCAGAUUCAAGCACAUCGGUCCCCCCUAGCAGCUAUGUCUUUCUCCUCAGAUGGCUUGCUUCUGGCCACAGCCUCUGACCAAGGCACAGUAAUCAGGGUUCAUAGCAUACCCCAAGCCUCCAAGGUGCACACUUUCCGACGUGGAAGUUACCCUGUCACAAUUUACUCCUUGUCCUUCGGGCCACCUUCUCAAGUUCCACAACUUCUUGCUGCUUCAUGUGCUUCUGGUACAAUUCAUGUGUUUAAGUUGGGGAGUUAUUCGAAACCUCGAACUGAAGAUCCACUAGGCAACGUGGGCCAAACAAGUAAUGGCAUGGCUGCGGGACUGCUGGCAUCAGUAAUACCAAACUCCAUGAGUGACAUGGUUGAGUCAGAACGCUGUAUUGUCACAAUCAAGAAUGGAUCUCCUCCUAAUGUUCGCAGCCAUUGUGCCAUAGCUGCACAUGUGGAAGAUUCGAGUGAAGAUGGAGAUGAAGCGCCUACUUCGACCUCAAGCAGCAAUAGAGCCAGAAUCUUCGUAGUCACAACAGGUGGCUUCUUUCACGAAUGGUCAAUUACCGUGGGACAAGGCAAGGAAAGUAGUUGCACCUUGCAACGGGAAGUUGCUAUCCUGAGCAGUAGUUUAUCAGAUGAAAUAUCAGCACACUUUGUGUGACUCUACCACUGUAAGCUGUGAAGACUUUGAGAAGGCAAGGCGAUGUCUCUGUCAACGAGGUUUCAAGAAUCAGUAUGACACAUUGGAGUUGUGGCACACUUGCAGGUCAAGUUUGGGUGUAUCUUCUGUCUCCAGGAGUCCAAUUGAGUUCUUAAACAUGCAUGUUAUUCAAUUUAGAGGAGAGAUGAUACAUUCUGAAUCUACCUGAAGUUGUAGAUAUAGAAACCUAGGUCCGUUGUACAUAUUUAGUGUAUGAGCAAUUAGUGUAUAUGGCUGUAUUUCUGAGAUUAGUCUUCCUCAGAUUUGGUGGCUUUUCUGCAGGGAUCUAAACAGCAGCCCUUGUAUGUUUUAAGCUUGGUGAUUGAGGGAUUAUGAGAAUUAGUUACUCUGUUAAAUAUUGACAAGUCAUAAGCUUGUGUUUCUUUUCUGCGCUCAAGAACCCUCAGGGUACUAUUUAAAGUUGUAAUGCCCCCUGAUGCUGCUACAGUCUUAUCGAUGCACCAUGUACUUCAGCUGGACUGUAGUCCAUCGAGCU